GGAUUGGGAGAGAAGAGAAAAAAAAAGAACAAAUUGGAUCCGAUGAAACCAGACGGCAGAAACAAUAACGAGAGAGUGUGUGGUUAUUAGUGUGUGACAUUGUGGCAAUAAGUUUAAAGAAUGUAUACGCAUCUUUGUAUGGCAAGUGGUUGCAAUCAAUUCACGUCGCCGACACUCAUUUUAAAACCUGCUCUACCAGUCACUCAGUUGCAGUCACCACUAUGUAUACAUACAAUAUACAUAUAGAUCUAUCUAUAUGCAAUUGUAUAUGUUGUAUAUACAUGUUUAUCUUGAAUUCGUGAAUCUUUUAUCCAUUUAAGCUUUUUGUCUUUCGCACUCGGGAGAUCAACGAACGCGCUUUGCGCUCCGACAUUUGAUAACAAACUAUUGUGCUUUUCUUUUGUAUUAAUUAUUCCUUAUGAACGAGAACGUGCUUUAGUCAUAAACAGUUUGCAGAGCAUUGAUUGAUAAGCGGGAUGAAAAUACUUAUAAUGUUUAAAAAAGAUCAAAGACGAGUUUGUGGUUAACCAGUUGUAAGGAGACUUUCAAGGAUAAAACAUCCUUUUUGACAGGAUGUAUCGUUUUUCGAAAAGCAAGUUGAGUAAAUGGAGUGAUCGGAUUGAGAAAAAGUUUCUUCUCAAUAAAAAGAAGUCGACGACGAAUGAAAAUAUUCCAGCAAUUGUGAAUCUACCGGAGUCAGCUGACGUUGUAAUUAUAGGUGGUGGUAGCGCCGGAUGUAAUGCUCUCUACAAUUUGGCGAAAAGCGGAAAAAAUGCAAUUCUUCUCGAAAAAUCAAAAUUAACAUCCGGUACAACAUGGCAUACUGCUGGAAUGGUUUGGAGUUUACGACCAAACGAUCUGGAAGUGGAAUUACUUCGAAAUUCGCAAAAAGUAUACGAGAGUUUAGAAAAAGAAACGGGAAUUAGUCCAGGAUGGAUCAGAAAUGGAGGAAUAUUUAUAGCCCACAAUAAGGUGCGAAUGGAUGAAUAUAAAAGAUUGUAUACAAUUGGAAAAUCCUUUGGAGUUGAAUCCUCUCUAAUAUCGCCUGAGGAAGCGAAAAAAUUAUUUCCUCUAUUGGACGAAAAUGCAUUCUAUGGUGCUCUUUAUUCACCGAACGAUGGUAUCAUUGAUCCUGCAAUGAUGGUCAAUUCAUUGAUGCAAGCAGCAAAAUCUAAUGGAGCAAAGGUAUUUGAAGAUUGUCCAGUAACGAGAAUUUUAGUCGACAAACCUGAAUAUGGUUCGCAAAAAGUAACUGGCGUCGAAACACCAUAUGGAACAAUAAAAACAAAUUGCAUUUUAAAUGCUUGUGGCGCGUGGUCGAAGAAUAUUGCAAAAAUGGUUGGCGUUGAAAUACCAUUAAUUCCAAUGAAACAUGCCUAUAUUGUCACUGAACCGAUGAAAAAUGUGAAAGGUCUGCCAAAUAUUCGAGAUCACGAUGGAAAAAUUUAUAUCAAACCACAAGGUGAAUCCAUGUCAAUAGGAGGUUACGAACCAAAUCCUAUUAUAUUACAAUCUGUUGCCAAAGAUUUUUCAUUUAGCCUGUACGAAUUAGAUUGGAAUGUAUUUAAUUCACAUAUUGAAGCAAUGGUGAAAUUAAUUCCUAAAUUGUCGACAACUGGAAUUAGAACUACCGUUUGUGGUCCGGAGAGCUUUACACCCGAUCAUAAACCAAUUAUGGGAGAAGAUCCAAGAUGCGAGGGAUUUUUCUAUUCUUGCGGUUAUAACAGUGCGGGAAUGAUGUUCGGAGCUGGAUGUGGAGAACAAAUAUCAAACUGGAUAAUAAAUGGUCGUCCUGAAAAAUAUAUGUUCAAAUACGAUAUUCGAAGAUUUACUCCGGAACAGAUGAAAGAUGCAAUUUGGGCAAAUGAAAGAUCACACGAGGCCUAUGUGAAGAAUUACAGUACCGUUUUUCCUCACGAUCAACCAUUGAGUGGGAGAAAUUUCAAGACUGGUCCAUUUCACAAGUUGCUGGUAAAAGAGGGAGCAAUAAUGGAAGAGAGUCAAGGUUGGGAGAAGCCGGCCUUCUUUUUGGAAAAUGAAAAUAUCACAAUAGAGCCUUAUGAUUAUUGUGGAAGUUAUGGAUCGUCGAAGAAUGAAAAUAAUAAAUAUCCAUCUAUAUUGGAGGGCGAUUAUCAAUUCACAUUUUCCAAGUAUCACGAUAUUAUAAAGGAAGAGGCACUCGCUUGUAGAAAUAAAGCAGCCUUGUUCGAUUUAUCAUAUUUUGGUAAAUUUUACCUUUGUGGUCCCGACGUUCAGAAAGCGGCGGAUUAUCUCUUUAUUUCCGAUACAAAUGUCAAAAUGAACGAGACCGUCGACACUUGUAUGUUAAACGAUAAAGGAGGCGUUGAAGCAAAUUGCACCGUCACUGCUAUUUCCGCCGGAUCUGCUGGUGUUAUAGAUCCAAUUUUUCAAGGAAAGGCACUCUACAUUGUAACAAGUGGAAUGUCCGCUUAUCACACUUGGGCCCAUAUGAGAGAAAUAAUCAAGAGAAAAGAAUUUCACGUCAGUUUACACACAGCAACUGAUCAAAUUGGAAUUUUAAGUAUUGAAGGUCCAGAGAGUCGAAAGAUUCUGGAAAAAGUUGCUGACACUGAAAUUGGUGAUGAGGAAUUAUCAUUUUCACAUUCGACUUUAGUGAAAAUCAAUGGAAAAUUAACAAGAGUUUUACGUUUCACUGAAGUUGGUGAACUUGGCUAUCAAAUUCAUAUUCCUUUAGAUUCAUGCGAAAGUGUUUAUAAUUCAUUGAGACGAGCAGGUGGAUCGUCACUAAAACUCGCUGGAUUUAGAUCUCUCUAUAGUUUGCGAAGAGAAAAAGGAUAUCCUCUGUGGGGUUACGAUUUAAGAUCAGAUGAUAAUCCAAUCGAAGCUGGACUCUCUUUUAUGUGCAGAAGAAAAGGUGCUUACUUGGGAAAUGAAAAAGUAAACAAACUUAAAGAAAAUGGAGUAAAAAAACGAAUCGCCCACUUUUUAAUCAAAGAACAAAUACCAGUUUGGGGAUUAGAAACAAUAUAUAGAAAUGGAGUAAUUGUUGGUUAUUUGAGACAAGGAGAUUACGCCUACACUCUAGAGAAAAGCAUUGGUCAAGGAUACGUCAGUCAUCCAAAAGGCGAUUUUGUAACAGACAAAUUUUUAGAAUCAGGAGAAUAUGAAAUUGAAAUUAUGGGUAAAAAAUACGAGGCACAAUUGUAUGUAGAAAGUCCUUUUGAUCCCCAUAAUCACAGACUGAAAAUUCAGUAUAAAAAUCCAAAUAUGUAAAUAUCAAGUUCAGAAUAUUUGUUAUUGUUUAAAAAUUCUUUUUUUUUAAUUUCGAAAAAUAAGGAAAUUGUCAAUAGAUGUUUAUAAUAAAAGAAAAUAUUUCUCUUACCGUUAA